AUGGAAACGUGCUUUCUCAAUCACGUCCCGGGCUUGUGCGUGCCGGGGCGGCUGCUGCUGCUGCUGCUGGCCCUGCCGCGGCCCCUCCGGGCGGGGGGCCCCGCCGUCGACGGCCCGGUCCCGGCCACGGAGGGCUUCUAUCACUCCCCGGCCACGCGUGAACUCAGUCUCACGGGAAGUGCCGCCACCGCGACCUCGCGCUCCGGCGAGAGUUUGUCCCCAUCACAGAGGAGCCUCCUGCUCACGCGCGCGGCAGACACGCACGCGGCCACAGCCGCCGUCGCGAGCUUCGACACUGAGCAGACAGAGUCCUUCACAGAAACAAGCAACAGAUCUCCAGAGACCACAAAUCUGUCAACUGAACCACUUACCUCCACCCUCACCGCCACCCUCACCGACAACGCCUUCACAACCACCAUCAGCCGGGCUGGGGAGAGGACCCUGCUCUCCGUCACCUCCUCCAGCACCAACACCUCAUCCGCUGUUACAGAAGAGUCCAACUCCCAGCAGUCUUCCUCCACUUGGGCUAUUCCUCCUGGGCCUUCGGAGACUGAGGGUUAUACUCAGAGCGCUCCAUCCACAAGGACUAUUGGGAGAGAAACGACAGACCAGCGUUCGACCGGGACCUUUUCAGGAACCGGGAGCCCAGCGGGGACCAGCGGGACCCAGAGUUUAACUGGAAGACCUAAUGCCACCCAGGAUCAACACACCUCAGUCUUACAGCAGACCUCGGACUCUACGCCACCCCUCAGGGUGUCUGAGCCCAGCACCGAUCAGUCGGAGGUGUCUGUGUCCUCCACUCCUUCUUUUACCUCGCCGGCAGGCGGUCCCAUAAACAUGUCCGAGGCAGAGCAGGUGUCUGGCUCUAGUGUUGGGAUAUCCACGGAGUCUUCAACAGAAACGCAGAGCUCCAGCACUCAAAACCAGGAAGGCACAGCAGGGGUUUCAUCUCACACCAGUGAGCACGGCGUGGACCGGGGUCUAACUGCUGUGCCCUCUACAGCCAGAACCAGUACAUCAGAAAUCAGUUCCCGGACAGAUGUGCCUAUAGAGACCACAUGGGCCUUCCACACAGCCACACCGGUCACUGUGACCGACAGAUCGCAGGUAACGGAGGAAGACACGCCAAUAGCAGCUACCUUCGCAACCACAACCGUGCCCUCCUCCACCCCUUCUCCAGCGCCGUUAAGCUCCUCCUCAGUGUUGAGCAGCACCUAUAGAAGCUCCACCUCAGGAUCCCCUACCGAGGCACCUCUCCCAUACACGCCACCCUCCACAAGAGUCUCCACCCCAGCCCUGCAGACGUCUGCAACCGGCCCCACUCGCCAUGCGUCCCCCCGUCAAACCCAGAGGCCCUCGACUGGAACGGCUAACCCCACUGACGCCACCACCCUGCAGACUGAGGGGAGCACGGGAACCCGGAGGACCACCACUGCCCACAGCCAGCACAUCACCGCCACCCACACCCACAGCAGCCCCACAAGGAGCACAGAGGCUCAGCACACCACCAAGAGGCAGUCAGACGGAGGAGCCACAGUUUUUGUGGUAACGACAUCACCCACUGCUGUUGAACCCACCAGAGAACUACCAAAAAAUCCCUGUUUGUCGAACCCCUGUAGGAACGGAGGGAUGUGUGUGAGCUAUAAGGGGCCUGAGUUCACCUGUCGCUGCCAGCAGGCCUGGACAGGACCCACGUGCAACCAGGAUGUGGAUGAGUGUGAGGACAAUCCCUGUCCGACCGGUUCCAGAUGUGUGAACACGCGAGGCUCCUUCAGCUGUGAGUGUCCGCUGGGCUUUGAUCUGGAGGACGGGCGGACGUGCACCAGAGCAAAAACAUUCCUGGGAACCUUCAGCUUUAACAGACACGACCUUUCUGUCAAGAGCGCUGCCAUGCACGAGAUCCAGCGAGAGAUCGUUCAUCUGCUCAACAUGUCUCUGUCAGUCCUUCGGGGUUACAGUCGCUCAACGGUGAGCCAAAAGGAGCAGGGUGGGGUUCACAUCCUGGCUGUCAACAUGUUUUCCAUCUCCACCGAUGUGACGACCACUGAGGUCAACAACAGCAUCCAGAUGUUCCUCAGCAACUGCAGCUUUGCAUCGACCCACUGCAGGAUGGUCUUACUGCACCAGCUCUCCUACCACACGGGGAGUCUGUGUGAGGCUCAGAACACUCAGUGUGAUAAAGAGCGCUCCACCUGCUCAGACCUCAACGGGACUGCAUACUGCCAGUGUCGCCAAGGAUAUUACAAACACAAUCCGGAGGAUUUGUCCUGCUUAGAAUGCAAGGAUGGCUUCAAGUUAGAAAACGGCACCUGUGUCCCGUGCAUGUUUGGAUUUGGUGGAUUCAAUUGCGGAAACUUUUACAAGCUGAUUGCAGUUGUGGUUUCACCUGUAGGGGGCGCCCUGCUCCUCAUCCUCAUCAUUGCUCUCAUUGUCACAUGCUGCAAGAAAGACAAAAACGACAUUAAUAAGAUCAUUUUCAAGAGCGGAGAUAUGCAGAUGUCUCCGUACGCAGACUUCCCAAAAAAUAACCGGAUAUCCAUGGAGUGGGGCAGAGAGACCAUAGAGAUGCAGGAGAAUGGCAGCACGAAAAACCUGCUGCAGAUGACUGACAUUUACUACUCUCCUGCUUUGCGUAACUCGGACCUGGAGAGAAAUGGCCUGUAUCCAUUCACAGGUCUGCCAGGAUCUCGCCAUUCAUGCAUCUAUCCCGCCCAGUGGAAUCCAUCUUUCAUCAGCGAUGAUUCACGGAGGAGAGACUACUUUUAAGUGUCCAUCUUUGGACACAGAAACACAAACUCUCCCUCUGUCGGACACCUAAUGUUUUAUGGACAGUGAUGAUGGUUCAUUGUCUACCGUCUCUCUAAACAAUGCUGAUGUGUGAGAUGCACUGUUAAUGAAAACUUAUUUGAUCAUUUAAAAUCAGGGCUGCACUCUGAAUAUGCAAAUAUGCGUCUUUGCGUGCGUGUGCAUAUUGUGCACUAACACAUUUUAAAGUAAAAUGUGUUCCCCUGUGACCAUUUCAACGUUUUUGCAUGUUUUGAUUCAUUUAAUUUCAACUCAUGUGUACCUCGCGUUGCUGCUUUGGUGGUUAAUGUGUUUUUCCUAGCUUUAAUGCAUCCAGUUGUUCCCAGCUGCAGUGUGUGAAGCUAAGUGAUCUAUUACAGUUAACACCAUGUCCGCCUCUCCUGUUUUCAGAGUCAGCAAGGCCUGCUAACACCGCACUGCAUUAGUGCACACUGAUAAAUUGAAGUAUAUGUGACGUUAUCAUUGUGCUCAGCAGGGAAGUGGAAAAACCCAAUACGCAGCGGCGAUGUAUGAUGUGUAGCAAAAAGACAGAACGUGCAAAAACUCCAAAAACUGCAGCUUCUCAAGGGCUGAAAAAUUAAUGUGAGUGCCACUGCUGUGAUCGAAAAAACACUCUCCUUCAGUGAAGGUUUUUGAUGAUAACCACAAACCACUGAGGGAUGCACAAGGCCUGGUUUCAUGCUGAUUUAAACUGACAGCCAGGAAUGAUUCUGAUCAUUCACCUGAUGUCGGUUGUUAUUUAUUCCAUGUAUGUCCAAGUUGUCCACAUGUAGCAGAAUGGAUAUCGCAUUCAUACACACUUACUGACUGAAGAGGGAUAAACCUGUGGCUUUAAGAGUAUGAGUGCUUUGUUUUGAGUGGAACAAGUGGGGAGAGAGUGUUUUGUGCAUGUGAGUGAGAAUUUAUUUGAGAAAUGAUUGUAUCUGUCUUUAUACCAGAAUGAUUCAAAGUGUGCGAAUGUAGAGUUGUAUCAUAAUUAGCUGCUUCUGUCAUGGUUUAUUAUUUUAAUGAGAAUUUUCCUCCUUUGUGUUGACAUGUUGAUUCUGGCGUUUUAGUCAGAUGAGCUUAUUUAAAUAAAAGGGUUUAACAGAAUUUCUUCUUUGUCUCCAGUUUUUAAAUAAUUUUCAAUAUUAGUAAAGUGGGCAAAUUCUACUCCUGAAAGAGUAGGGCUUAGAUUAACUUUUUAUGGUGAAUCGUUUGUUCAUUUUUCCUCACUGUUUCAGAGUAAACGCAUACAAAAAACUGUGUUCUCGAAUCUGGAAGGGAGUUGUGACUGACACAUUCUACACAAGUGAAAAACUGAUAAAGUGAGUGUGUGUGU